UUCAAGCACAAGUAUGAUAGCAAAUUACAUAAUUUGUGCUGCGAUAGCUUGCUUUUUAUUCCUAUAUUUGUGUUCAUACAAAAGAUAUAAUUACUGGAAAAAUCGUGGUAUCCCAUAUGAUGAGCCUUAUUUCUUUUUCGGAAACUUAGGGUUUAUUAUGAGAAAAAGUGUUUGGGAUUUUUGUUUUGAAUUGAGAAAGAGGCAUCCGACGGAUUACGUUGGAAUAUUUUUGAGUUGGAAACCAGCGUUGGUGGUACAAACACCAGAACUUGCAAGACAGAUACUUAGAAAGGAUUUUGAGUAUUUUCAAGACAGAUCUGUAAAUUCCAACCCAACGGACCAUCUAGGUUGCUUAAACUUGUUUACUGCAAACAAUCCACUAUGGAAGAAUGUAAGAAAUGAGAUCACUCCCAUGUUCACACCUAUGCGUCUAAAGGGCAUUACUGAGCUUAUGAACUUUAACGCAAAAGAAUUGGUGCUGAGGAUCAAACAAGAUUACAUCGAUAACAAAAAGACGGUGAAUCUAAAGGAACUGUUUUCGAUGUAUAUAUCAGAUACAGUAGCUUACUCCGUUUUUGGAAUACGAGUCAGUGUUUUAAAUAACCAAAAUUCACCGUUGUGGUACAUAACAAGACACAUGGUCAAAUGGACAUUCUGGCGUGGCUUCAAAUUUAUCUCAAUUUUUGUCAUGCCUGCAGUAGCUGUUGUUCUAAGAGUGAAAUUUUUUUCUGAAGAAGCAGCUAACUAUUUAAGAAUGUUAUUUUGGAACGUUGUCGAAGAACGUAAAAAAAAUGAAAACGCUCACUAUAAAGAUUUGGUGAGUCACUUACUGAGUUUAAGAGAAAAAUUGGAACUACCAGCUAGUACUGAGGAAAUGGCUGAUGACAUAUUGGUGGCGCAAGCAGCUGCAUUCAUUUUUGGUUCAGUUGAAACUUCCUCUUCUGCUCUCAGUUAUUGUCUUCAUGAAUUGGCUUAUCAUCCGGAAGAACAGGCUAAACUUUAUAAUGAAGUCGAAAUGGCAGUAAAAGAAAAUGGAGAGGAUAUUUUGGACUAUAAUAAAUUGUUGGAACUAAAGUAUAUGACGUCAUGCAUUCACGAAACUUUGAGAAAAUAUCCUCCAUUAGGAUAUUUGGAUCGAGUUUGUCUGAAGGAAUAUAAACUAGAUGACCACGUCACAAUAGAAAAGGGUGUCCCCGUGUUCGUCAACGUACUUGCAAUACACUACGACGAGAAAUAUUUUCCUGAUCCGAUGGAAUGGCGGCCCGAGCGUUUCGAUUCUUACUCCGAGAGUGACAACCUUAACUACACCUUUAUUGCCUUUGGCGAAGGACCACGGAUUUGUAUAGGUAAAAGAUAUGGAAUGAUGCAAAUGCGAGCAGCUUUGUCUCAACUGAUCCUUAAAUACAGAGUAGAGCCAGCCGUGCCAUACUCUGUUACAACAGAUCCAAACUCUUAUCUUUUGGCGCCCAAGCAAAUCAGCGUAAAAUUUAUUGAACGUUGAAAAAUAUACCAGUGUAGUUAUAGAUUAGUUUGAUUGAGGAUCUGGCGAACAAAGCGGCAUAAUUACACUUCUGAUAAAAAUACUUUUAUUUCAAUAUCAGAAUGGACAAAACAGCCUAAAA